AUGUACUUGUCUCUUCCAUUGCUCAAAGGCGACGACAGCGACAACGAUAACUACACUACGACGACGGAUACAGCUAAUGUCGACCUGAGCAUUGGCACUGGCUCUGGCACUCUCCGUCUCUUUCCUUCUUCUUCUCCUUCUCUUUCUCUUCGUUCUCACAUCUCUUGCGAUUGCCAGCCCACGCCCACGCCCACGCCCAUGCCCUCACCCAUCCCCGCACCUCCAGUUCCCGAUCUUAGAGGAAGAUACAGGGAAGGCGGCUCGCCCUUUCCCAGCUUCUUCGGGUCGUGCUCUUCUACAUUCUGGACCUCUGCCUCCCGGAGCUGUCCCAUGGGCCACCGAGUACCGCUUGCUGCCGCUACCGCUGCCGCUGCCGCUGCCGCUGCCGCUGCCGCUGAUGUUGGCACUUGCCCAUGGUACGAAGUACCUUCUCUCGCGGACAUGGGCUGGCUUCCAAUCCGGACUAGGUGGGCGUGGGCUAAGUAA